AUGGAGCUACUAGAAGCUUUCCUCCAGUCUACCAGUUCUGUCUCCCUGCUGGGGGCUCUGGUGGUUCUACCUCUUGUUUACAUCAUCUCAUCCUCCAUCUUCAAAACCCAGGAAGACAGGAAGGAUCCUCCUGGACCAAAACCGCUUCCUCUCCUUGGUAACCUGCUGCAACUGGACCUAGAGAAACCAUACAACACGUUACUGAAGGUGAGGAAAAUUGUGUUGAAAUACUUCAUUUCAGGUGUUGUAUGGUCCAAUGGUGAUUCAUGGAAAGAGAUGAGACGCUUUGCUUUGACAAACCUGAGAGACUUUGGGAUGGGCAAGAAGGCAGUUGAGGACAAGAUCAUUGAGGAGUCUCACUACCUCAUAGAAGUGUUUAAGAAAUUUAAAGGUGAAGCUUUUGAUACAGCCCAACCAAUAAACUAUGCAGUCUCUAAUAUAAUCUGCUCCAUGGUCUAUGGCAGCAGGUUUGAAUAUGAUGAUCCAGAGUUUACAUCCAUGGUAGAUCGAGUAGACAGAAACAAUUAUCUUUGGGGAACCACAUCAGUACAG